AUGCGCUGCCGUGAUCGUCGCUCCCCCGCACGCCGACUUCACACACAAUAUUCUUCCACUACAGGUCCCACUGCCAGCAAGGUAACUUCUGCUGGUAGUGUCACCCGUCGGCAAUCCGCGCAGCGUCGCAGCAGGGCUAUCAAUAGAGAUCGAGAACUUGAAGAGGAGCGAGACGUUGGAGGUGAAGGUUCCGAUGAUCUCAUUCAUUGGAUGGUGAGGCAAUUAUCAGAUUCAAACGAGUGCUUCAUCAUGAAGACUCCGCAGCAAGUGAACUUUUGCCUCAAGCUGGUUUUAAUCAAUAAAAGUAUACAGGAUCGCCGGACGUCGACGAGGUGUGAACCCUCUGUCCACAGAGAAGGGAGGACAACGCAUGAUGUUACCGUGACCCCACGGGGAACGUGCGGCGAUACGCCCCCCGUCGAUUAUGUGAGGGAUUUCCUCAGCUCCUUGCGGCCCAACUUGGAGCACAAGAUUCAGGACUUCAAGAAAAUCGGCCUUGAUUCAAAAACUACGUUGGAUACCUUCAUCCGAUGGCAAGCAUCCGAGCGGGAGGGCUGGAUUUUUUCACAAAAUCUGUACCUCCAACUUACUCCGUUAGAACUCAGUGGAUUAAUGCUGGGCAUAGAGAAGUUGUCAGAUGGGGGCAACGGGGCAUGA